AUGCCGACGUUGGGAGCAGCUCAGAAGGGCCUCGUGCUCACAGCCUGUCUAACAGCCUGUCUGCUCUUCGUAUUGAUAUCCGUUGCUCGCCAGCCUUCUUCGCUGCUGCAGACUGACCAUGGGCUCUUGGACUACCAAGACGGCAAGACCAGCUUGAGUGACAUCGCUGAGUACGUGCCGACGCCUCCCCGAGGCUCUUCGUCGUAUGUGCAAGCGAUUGCUACGGGAGCCCUUCCUCCCAACGCAGGGAAGGAGGCGGUGACUGCGGCAGAUAUAUCUUGCUUCUUCCAGGGCAAGAUCUUCUUGGACUUCAUGAACAUGUGCUGCAAUACUCUCUACGUGUCUCCCUUCGACCAAGAGCUGCUGCCGAUGGACUUCGCUCUCAGCCCGGUAGAGAAGCCCUACCAGCAAGGCCUUCCUUUCGGCGUUCGGUUCCGAUACUGGGUGGGAAACUCCAACGACAUCGUCUUCAAUGGAGGGACCCAGAGGACGAUAGAGUUCAUCAACAAGUACUUCGGCUAUGAGCUCAAGACUGUCGCUGCAUCCUCCAAGUUUGUCCGCAAGUUUCAUGCCGAUGACAACGGAGAGCCGGACGAGGGCGUGCUGGACAGCAUGGUCCAUGCGCUUGCUCGCCUGCCGGAGGAGCUGCCAUUGUACGAGGGCAUGACGGUGGUCGACGUCGCUUCCCUUCCUCCUGCCUCGGCCGUAAUCUUCGACAACGUGCCCAAGGGGACGCACAAGUACAAGUCACAAUGCUCGAGCAAUGGCUGCUUCCUCGACGCUUCGGGGGUGGAGGGAGUAGCGAGCCCGAUGUUCAAGAUCAAGUACUGCGAGGCGAGGGAUCCUGAAGCUCGCAUCAACGCUGGUCUCCCUGUCAAGGUGGAGCCGCAGGACUGCGGGAAGCUCUUGGACGAGUACAAUUUGAGCUGCAAGUGUGGGCACAUCAUCUUCCUGGGAUGGACGUGGCCGGAAGCUGAGCUCAACAUUUGGGACAAGCCUCUGCUCUUCAUCGACGACAGAGCGCCAGGAGCUUGUGACGUGGCUGAUGCUCCGGCUCAGCCCAUGCCGGCCGUGCAGCCUCGUGCCACGGCAGCUCCAGCUGAGCUGGACCCGGAGGCCGCCUGCCGCGACUCGCCCUCGUACGAUGCGGCGGCUCAGCACUGGUACUACUGGCAGGAGGCAUCGGAGGGCGGAAAAGUCAAGAUGGUGCGACACUGGUGCCCUUCUGCAUGGGUCCCCCAGGAGAUGUGGUACAAGUACCAGCGGUAUCUCCCGCGGACGUCCAACAACCUUCCUCCUCCUCCCAUCAACGACUUCGACUUUCUCAACUCCUUCGCGCGCGACUACUACUCGAGGAGCAGAGCCAAGUCGAGGAGAGACGCCAACGUCAAGACCUUCGACGACUGGAGGAUGGGGAACCAUGUAGCUCGCCUCAAGUACCCGACGAGCAGGAGGGAGGAAGGAAACGAGCAGCAGGCUCCUCUUGACGCCUGGAACAUGGGGAAGAUGCGCUGCUCGGGCUCCGACUGCUUCGACGUGUCGCAUCAUAGCGGACAGCACGCCAACGGCGUCCAGCCCUACGAUGACUACGCAAUGAUGGGAGGAGGGCGAUGA